CUUAAUUUAGUAAAUCAAUAAUGUUACUUUGAAAUCUGUCACGAACGUUAUAAACAACUAUGAGUUUUUCUGUGUACGAGUCGUACGUUGCUCUGUGCAAUAAUGAACGCGUGAUAAUAUACGAUAUUGACAAUAAUACCGAAAAUACGAUAAUUUUGCCUGAUCUGGAGUCGAAGAAAAAAAUUGACGUGCACAACAACGUGGAUAUCGAGGCUUAUCACAUGAUAACGUCUCUGGAAUUUUCAGAAGAUGGGAAAUAUUUUGCGUUAUGCACGAAUCGUAAGCAACUGUGCCUGUAUGAAACGAAAAAUUUGAAGCUCCUGUCGAAUCGAACACUCAUUAGGGCUGCAAGCAGAGUGAGAUUCUCACCGAACAAUGAUAUCGUGAUAGCAGAUAAGGCUGGAGAUGCUUACCUGUUUUCCACCAGUCGUCCAACAGAACCUGGAACCUUCAUCCUGGGACACUUGUCGAUGCUUCUUGAUAUACUUGUCACUCAAGAUAUGAAGUACAUUCUAACAACUGACAGAGAUGAAAAAAUAAGAGUUUCCAUGUUUCCCAACUGCUACAACAUUGUAUCUUACUGCUUGGGACAUGCGAAAUUUGUGACGAAUAUCUCAGAAUUGCCUCAUGAGAAGAGCAUCCUAAUAUCAUGCGGUGGUGACGGAGUUUUUAAAUUGUGGGACUAUAAAUAUGGUAGCGAACUACUGUCUGUCAAUUUUUGUGAUAAGAUAUCAAAAUGCGACAUAGAAAGAUUUAAUCAAGAGCUCUGUGACUGUCAGUAUGAUGAAUCUGUGGAUAUACUGCCUGUCAAGUAUCUCAAAGUAUAUUAUCUUAAUAAAAUAGAAUCUCUAAUUAUAAUAAGUUUUUAUAGUAGCAAAGUACUGUUAGUUUAUAGGAUUAGUGGCAACAGUAACAUCCAGUUGAAAGCAAAUUAUUUAGAGACUAUAACAGUAGAAACUGAACCUAUCGAAUGUCUUUUACACAAACAAGAUUUAUGGGUAUUAACAGAUAUAGGAUUACAAGUAUUCAAAUUCAAAAAUGAUAGGUUUGUAACUCAAAAUGCUUUAAAUUCGACAAUUAAGUGUCUUAAUGCCUCUUGGCAAGUUUUAAAAAAUACUAUUGUUAAACAAAAUUUGUUUCCCAUUUUAUAUAAGAGAAAAUAUGAUAAUGUACAGGAAUAUCAAGAAAAGAAAAAAAUUCGUUUUGCAGGCAGUACAGAAUAG